AAGAUCAGUCGUAUUCAUUCAUCUUUUCGCUAACUUUACCAUGUUGCAGGAAAUGCAUGUAUUGUUAUUACUCAGCUGGGCGUCUUUUUUCUUGGCGAAUUGCGUUUCGGCCGAGUCAAGCUUGCUAAACUGGGGAGCAAAGCAGAUAUGGACACGCAAAGCCAAUAUGGAGAACGUAGACAGUAUGGUUAGUAAAUCUGGAACCCUACAUAUGGCACAGCCCCAGCAACUGAAGGUACAAAAGCAUUCUAAGGACGGGUACAAGGAGUUCGAUCUCCUUGGACACCGUCGCAUAAGUGACUCCUACAGCUUGAAAAAUGAUGUCAGCCUUAUUUUGGAGCAAAAAAAUCAUAAAGACUCAAUCCUUGCAUCGUGGCGCGAAAACUUGUACGCUAGCCCAUUGGCAAAAGGUUCCCUAUUUCCCUCGAGGUCGUACGAUCCGUACAUCCGUCGCUACGAUAGAUUUGAUGAGCAAUACCACCGUACAUAUCCUCAGUACUUGGAAGACAUGUAUUUAAAUCGCCAAAGAUUCGAUCCUAAUGAUAGCUACAGUCCACGUAUACCAGAGUACCCUGAUCCGUACGUUAUGUAUCCCGAUCGUUACUUGGACUCUCCUACCGUGCGCUUUAAGUCUGGGCGAGGUUAUACCGAUGAGACCGUGCCGCUGACCGAUUUCUAUGUCAAGUACGGUUUGACGAAGCUGCCGGAAGUUUCACCUUUGUCGCGAAAUGAACGCAUCGUGUAUUACGCACAUUUGCCAGAGAUUAUACACACACCGUACGAAUCUGUGCGCCCUGAGGAAAGAGCCUCAACUGCUAUCAUAGCUUCACCCCACGUAUUCAACAAGAACAACAUGAAAAACAUUCCGCGGCCAUCAGCUGGUAACCAAACGAAGUAACUGUGUGAAGACAAAACAUAUAUGAACAUUCCAAUAUUUUAAAAAGCAAUCACAAACUUUAUUAAGUGGAUGCAGUUUCGUUAUAAUUUACAAUAAUCAAUUUUAUUUAUAGGUUCAAUUUAAGUAUUUUACUUUUUUUGGGCAUUUUUUUGUAUUAUUUUUUAUUGCUAAAUAAACUCAGUUUACUCAGAAAA